AUGCGUACCUACGAAGGAAUCUGGACGAAGAAGCUUCUCGUCCCUUGCUGGGUCCUGCAGUGCAUAUGCUCGGCCAUCUUCAUCAUCGCCGCUAUCCUAGCCUUGGUCGCCGCCUCACGAACCAACAAAUACAUCACAGACAGUUACGGCUCCUCGGGAUACUCCCAAGACGUUGUUCUUGACGCUGCGAAAAUUGAGGGUGCUGUUAUCUUGGUCGUCGCCACUGCCAACAUUGUCAUCAACAUCGUGGAGGCUUGCUUAUAUGUGAAGCGCAAACUCAACCCCGUCAUCGCACUCGUUUUCGCCUGCCUCAAGACAUUAGUCUGGCUUGGCUACUUUAUUCUCAUCAUAAUCGCCGCCGCCAGUGGGACUGUCAGCAUUCUCUCGCUGAUCUUGGGACUUAUUCUGGCAGCUACGUCGGUCAUCCAGCUGAUCGCAUCGUCCAAAUACACUCAUCAAAAACGCAAGGGCCGGUUCGCCCUUGCCAAGCAGACGAAUGGGUCGGUUGACUAUGUUUGA